AACGAAUCCUCCAACGGAAGAAGAAACUCUUUUGUGACCCAAACUCCUUUCCUCCCUGCAAUACGUUUCUCCACCUUUAGAAUCCAGAGAGAACCAGUGAGAGCUUAAGCAGAGUGCCAGGGAGGGGUUUCGCAAGCCCUAACUAUUGGGGCAUCUCAAACAGUCACCGGCAUUCGAGGUCAAUGGCAAGCUUGUACAUUCCAGUGCAGAACUCGGAGGAGGAGGUGAGGGUCGCGCUCGAUCAGCUCCCUCGCGACGCGGCCGAUAUCCUUGACAUCCUCAAGGCCGAGCAAGCCCCGCUCGAUCUCUGGCUUAUCAUCGCGAGGGAGUACUUCAAGCAGGGAAAAGUUGAACAGUUCAGACAAAUUUUGGAGGAAGGGUCAGGCCCUGAAAUUGAUGAGUAUUAUUCCGAUGUUAGAUAUGAGAGGAUUGCCAUCUUAAAUGCUUUAGGCGCUUAUUAUAGCUACCUCGGGAAAAUCGAGACGAAACAAAGGGAAAAGGAGGAUCAUUUCAUUUUGGCUACUCAAUACUAUAACAAAGCAUCUAGGAUUGACAUGCAUGAGCCUUCUACUUGGGUUGGAAAAGGUCAGCUUUUACUUGCCAAGGGUGAUGUAGAACAGGCAUCUGCUGCUUUUAAGAUCGUAUUAGAUGGAGAUCGUGAUAAUGUUCCAGCUCUUCUGGGUCAGGCCUGUGUUGAGUUCAAUCGUGGACGCUACAACGAGUCUUUGGAGUUGUACAAGAGGGCCUUGCUAGUGCAUCCCGAUUGUCCUGCAGCUGUAAGACUUGGCAUAGGUCUCUGUCGCUACAAGUUAGGUCAAUUUGAUAAAGCUCGGCAGGCAUUUGAGAGGGUUUUACAGUUAGAUCCAGAAAAUGUCGAGGCUCUUGUGGCACUUGCAAUUAUGGAUUUGCAUAAAAAUGAAGCUAUUGGAAUUAGGAAAGGAAUGGAAAAAAUGCAGAGAGCUUUUGAGAUAUACCCUUUCUUUGCAAUGGCGCUGAAUUAUCUAGCAAAUCACUUCUUCUACACUGGUCAACAUUUUCUAGUUGAGCAACUGACUGAAACUGCACUUGCUGUUACCAAUCAUGGACCGACAAAGUCACAUUCUUACUACAAUUUAGCACGGUCUUAUCAUAGCAAGGGGGACUAUGAAAAAGCUGGGCUGUACUACAUGGCAUCUGUCAAGGAAAUCAAUAAGCCCUACGAGUUUAUUUUUCCUUAUUAUGGUUUGGGACAAGUACAACUGAAGUUGGGAGAUUUUAGAAGUGCUCAGUCGAACUUCGAAAAGGUUUUGGAGAUUUACCCUGAUAAUUGCGAGACAAUGAAAGCUCUUGGGCACAUAUACGUUCAGCUUGGCCAGACUGAGAAAGCCCAAGAAUUUAUGAGGAAGGCUACGAAAAUUGACCCACGUGAUUCCCAGGCAUUUCUUGAGCUGGGGGACUUGUUAAUUUCAUCUGAUGCAGUAGCAGCUCUGGAUGCCUUCAAAACUGCACGUGGUCUUUUGAAAAAGGGAGGUCAAGAAGUACCAGUUGAAUUGCUCAACAAUAUUGGAGUUCUUCAUUUUGAAAGGGGAGAGUUUGAGCUUGCUGAACAAACUUUCAAGGAGGCUCUAGGCGAUGGAAUUUGGCUUUCUUUCAUCGAGGGUAGAGAGAACUUCCAAGAGAUUGAUGCUAGUGAAUCUAUUAUUCAAUACAAGGACUUGCAAUUAUUUCAACGACUUGAGGAGAGUGGUCGCCAUGUGGAACUACCUUGGAAUAAAAUCACAACGCUAUUUAAUCUUGCUAGAUUACAAGAGCAGUUACAUAACCCUGAAACUGCAAGCGUCUUGUACCGUCUAAUCUUGUUUAAGUAUCCAGAGUACAUAGAUGCUUAUCUGAGACUCGCUUCCAUUGCAAAAGCACGAAACAAUAUUCAAUUAAGCAUUGAACUGGUUCACGAUGCUUUGAAGGUGAAUGACAAGUGCCCCAAUGCGUUGUCUAUGCUUGGUGAGUUGGAGUUGAAAAAUGAUGACUGGGUUAAGGCAAAAGAAACCUUCCGGGCUGCUAGUGAUGCAACUGAUGGGAAGGAUUCCUAUGCUACUCUUUCUCUGGGAAACUGGAACUACUUUGCAGCAAUUCGCAAUGAGAAAAGAAAUCCCAAGUUGGAAGCUACCCAUUUGGAAAAAGCCAAGGAGCUCUAUACAAGAGUUCUGCUUCAGCAUCCUGCUAAUCUGUAUGCUGCCAAUGGUGCGGGAGUGGUCUUGGCAGAAAAAGGCCACUUCGAUGUUUCUAAAGAUAUUUUCACUCAGGUUCAAGAAGCUGCAAGCGGAAACAUUUUUGUCCAGAUGCCAGAUGUUUGGAUUAAUUUGGCCCAUGUUUAUUUUGCUCAAGGCAAUUUUGCAUUGGCUGUGAAAAUGUAUCAAAAUUGCUUGCGGAAGUUUUACCAUAACACAGACUCUCAAAUUCUCCUCUAUUUAGCUCGUACUCAUUAUGAAGCUGAACAGUGGCAAGACUGCAAAAAAACUUUACUAAGAGCUAUCCACUUGACACCUUCAAAUUACACACUUAGGUUUGAUGCAGGCGUUACAUUGCAGAAGUUCUCAGCAUCAACACUACAAAAGGAAAAGAAGACCGCCGAUGAGGUGCGCUCAACAAUUGCAGAGCUAGAAAAUGCUGUUCGUCUGUUUAGUCAUUUGUCUGCUGCUUCCAACCUUCACUUUCAUGGGUUUGAUGAGAAGAAAAUUGACACCCAUGUUGAGUAUUGCAAGAAUGUACUUGACGCAGCCAAACCUCACCUUGAAGCAGCUAUUCGUGAAGAACAGCAGAUCCGGCAGAGACAAGAAGUUGCUCGGCAGGUUGCAUUGGCUGAGGAAGCUCGUCGUAAGGCUGAAGAACACAGGAAAUUUCAGUUGGAGAGGAGAAAGCAAGAGGAUGAGCUAAAGCGGGUGAGGCAACAGGAAGAACAUUUUCAGCGUGUAAAGGAGCAAUGGAAGAGCAGUACACCUGGUUCAAAGCGGAGGGAAAGGUCAGAUCUUGAUGAUGAGGAAGGUGGGAAUAGUGAGAGGAGGAGGAGAAAAGGUGGGAAGAGGAGAAAGAAGGACAAGAGCUCAAAGUCGCGAUAUGAGACAGAGGAAGCAGAAGCUGACAUGAGGGAUGAUCAGGAAUAUCCGGACGAUGAAGAUGCGAACUUGAACUAUAGGGAGCCUACAAGUCAGAAUGAUCAGGAUGAAGCAGAAGAGAAUGUUCUGGAUCCUCUUGCUGCUGCUGGGCUUGAAGAUUCCGAUGCUGAAGAUGAGGAGGCUGUCCCUUCAUCAACUGCAGGUCGAAGAAGGCGGGCGUGGUCAGAAUCUGAUGACGAUGAGUCGUUGCAGAGGCGGCCAUUGUCCAGAGAGAAUUCUGCAGAGCUGCAGCAGAGUGACGAAGAAGUCAGAGAAGACGGUGAUAAGCCAAAUGGAAAUACUGUUUCUGACGAUGAGGAUUGAGAUUGAAUUUGUCCAACUCUGUAGGGUCAAUGUGAGAAGCCUUGUACUUGGCCGGGGAUCACUACAUUGUACAUUCUUACGCCGUUUGUGCUCCCCGAAGUUCUGACAUAUACUUAUUAAAAGUUCCAUAGACACGUUGUUUUUCGUUAACUUA